CAUGUGCUACAAUCCUGAGAAAAGGUGACUUACACGCUACGGCUUUAUUUCACAGAAAGUCACGUCACAUGUUUGUUGAAUUUGGAAAAUUUUUGUCAUCGUACUGGUAUGCUACCUAUAUUUAGUGUCGUUAGGCUUUGAGAACCAAUACUGAGUUAUUUUAUACCAAGAUGGUUUUGAUGGGGAGUAGAUGCCUUUCAGCUUUCUGUCAGAGAGUUUCACAGAUGUACCAGGCAUCCUUAGUUCUUCCUGAGGGAUCAAAGGUAGCAGACAUCAAGUGCAAAAGUCAUCGGUUGAUGUUAGAUGCCGGUCUAAUCAGACAGGCAAGCCCAGGAACCUUUCACCUUUUGCCCUUGACCUUGCGGGCGCUUGAAAAGCUGAUCAAAGUCAUUGACACAGAGAUGCGAAAGGUGGGAGGUCAGAAAAUUGCCAUGCCAGGAAUGACCCCCUCCUCCCUCUGGAAGACGUCUGGAAGGUAUUCCGAAUAUGGUCCAGAGCUGAUAACCUUACGUGAUCGCCAUGAUGUUGAAUACUGUUUGGGCCCAACACAUGAGGAAGCAGUAACGGAUAUAAUAGCCGGAGAAAAGAUGCUGUCUCACAAACAUCUGCCCAUAAAACUUUAUCAGAUCACAAAUAAAUUUCGAGAUGAAAUGCGACCAAGAUACGGAUUGCUUCGUGGACGGGAAUUCCUAAUGAAAGAUUUGUACUCAUUUGACUCUAGCAUAGAGAAGGCUGAGGAGACGUAUAGAUAUGUUUGUGAAGCAUACAAAGAAAUCUUCAGCAUUCUUAAUCUCCCAAUUGUACAAGCUGUCGGUGCUACUGGAGCUAUUGGGGGAUCAUCCUCCCAUGAAUUUCACCUGUUAUCUGACAUAGGGGAGGAUCAGGUGUACCACUGUUCAAGGUGUGGUUAUGCAGUCAACCAAGAAACAAUAGAGGGCAUACCUUCAUGCCCAGUUCACCUGUCACGGCCUGAAUGCCCCAUGGGGUUAAGGCAAGGCAUCGAGGUGGGCCACGCCUUUUUACUGGGCACUAAGUAUUCCAAGACCUUCAAAGCGGACUUCUUUGAUGAAGAGGGCAAGUCUAGAUUAACAGAGAUGGGUUGUUAUGGACUGGGUGUAACCAGGAUACUGGCUGCGGCUAUCGAGGUCUUAUCAUCAGAUAAAGAGAUCAGAUGGCCACGGGUCAUAGCACCUUACCAGGUCUGCAUAAUAUCCCCAAAGGAAGGAGGAAAAGAGAGCUCUGCUAUACACCUAGCCGAGUGGCUAUAUCAGGAUGUGUGUCUUCACGCACCUCAUCUUGCAUCAGACAUGCUAUUGGAUGAUAGAGGUCACAUGACUAUUGGAAGGCGGGUGAAGGAUGCUUCACGUAUUGGGUAUCCAUUGAUCAUUGUUGUGGGCAAGAGGGCACUGGAACCGGAUCCCAAGUUUGAGGUGAUCAACACGGCAACGGGAAGCACAGAAUAUCUAUCAAAAGUGGAGUUACUUCAGCAAAUGGAAUCCAUCACUGUCUUAUGAUGAUUCGCAAUGAACUAGAAAAUUAUUCUUGGUGCUACAUUGAUGAAGGGAUUCUAGACAGUAAGUGCUUGUGGUCUGUCAUCAAGUUGCAUGUAUAUGGUGGACUAUACUUCAGAAGGACGAGGAGGAGAAAAAGAAUGCUCAUGCAUUAAAGUACAGAUCCCAGUUUCUUUUGUAACCUCUUCCAUCCAAAGAACUACUUUUUAAGAUGGUUGCAUUCAACACUUAUUAAGGAUUGAGAUUAUCCUACUUAGAGGGCAAGUCAACCCUAGAAAAGGGUUGAUUUGGAUUAAUAGAUAUUAAUCAAACAAGAAUAGUGCUGAAAAUUUCAUCAAAAUCGGAUGUUCAACAAGAGAGUUAUGAAAUUUAAAAGUUUCGCUUAUU